AUGUCCCUUUCGCCUAUAGAGAAAGCUGCCUCGGGUGCUUUGGCUUCAGCAAUUGCCAAUACUUUGGUUUACCCAUUGGAUUUGAGCAAAGUCAUUAUUCAAACACAAGUCAAAAAACACCACAAGAAACCGGCAACGAGUCAAGGCGCACUUCCUAGUCCGCCACAAUCGGAAACAUCCGAUUUUGAAGACUCAAUCUUGAGAGAGUCGCCAAAGGACUCCAAGACUGGCGAGUUGAAAUACAAAAACACCGUUGAUGUGCUUAGAAAAAUCUAUCAAAAGAAGGGUAUAUUGGGCUGGUACCAUGGGUUAUUGUCAACAGUUGUAGGAACCGCGGCUCAGAAUUUCUCCUACUUUUACUGGUACACCAUUGUCAAGAAGGUUUACGCCAAUUUGUACAAGCAUGUCCCCAACCAUAAAGCAAACACCAUAACCGAGUUGUUUCUUGGCGCAGUGGCAGCUGCGAUAUCGCAAUGUUUCACCAUGCCCAUUGGUGUCAUUACGACUCAACAACAAACCGAUAAACACCACAAGAACUUGCUCCAAUUGGCCAAGGAAAUAUACGAUCAAGAUGGAGUCACCGGUUUCUGGAGAGGAUUGAGGGUCUCUUUAGUCUUGUGCAUCAACCCUUCCAUCACCUAUGGCUCGUACGAAAGAUUGAAACAAGCCAUCUACGGAAACAAGGAGUUCUUGGGCCCAUUGGAGAGUUUCUCCUUGGGAGUCUUGGCCAAAUCGUUGGCUACGAUAGUGACUCAGCCUUUAAUUGUCUCAAAGGCAAUGAUUCAAAAGAAAGGCAAGAGCAAGAGCAAGGACGGCGAGGGCGCUGAAAAGGCAAAGAGUGAACACGACGAAGACGACGACGAAGACGACAUUAAAUUCGAUCAUUUCACCGAUGCAUUGGCUCAUUUGUGGCACACAGAGCAAUUCAGAGGCUUAUACAAAGGUAUUGCUCCUCAAUUGUUGAAAGGUGUCUUUGUCCAAGGAUUGCUCUUCAUGUUCAAAGACCAAAUUGACAUGUUAUUCUUGUUUUUGUUAUCCUUGAUCAAGAGAAGAGCUGGUGCUGUUAAGCGCUAA